UCCAGCCAGCACUGAUUUCUGGCCACUAUCUGGACAUGUUGGAGGCUAGAAGACUGACUAAGCAGGGAAAUUGAGGAAGUCAAUUUCCGCUCAAGAUGAAGGAGAAUUAAAACUGAAGUUCUGUUGCCUGCUCUGAAAAGAAAGUAUAUAUCUACCCAUACCCAUAACACACAUACACCAUAUAUGUAUGUAAGUAUGUAUGUAUGUAUGUAUGUAUGUAUAAAUAUUAAUCACUGUCUAUUUUGAAUACAUAACGGAAAGAGGAAACUUGAGAGUUUAUAAGGUUGGUGCUGUAUGUAACAAAACUGUGACUGAAUCUGGAUGUUCUGCUUUGGAUACCACGAAGCCCCUUCCAGAAGUUGGCGUGCCUUGUUUCUUCUCCAUAGAGCAUUAGUUAUGCAUCGAUGUGGCCUUCUCACAUCCUUUAAAGAGCCAGUGCCUUUGAAAAGCAUUUCAGUGGAUGUCAUUAUACGAGGUUUCGUGGCUGACGUCGUAUCGGAACUCCAGUACCAGAAUGAGGAAAAGAAUCCAGUGGAGGCCACUUUUGUCUUCCCUCUGGAUGAUGAAGCUGCAGUUUAUGCCUUUGAAGGUCUGAUAGAUGGGAAACGGAUUGAGGCCCAGAUCCGAGAGAAGAAGCAGGCAGAGCAAGAAUAUGAUGAUGCCCUGAGUGAAGGCCACCAGGCUUUCCUGCUUGGGAGAGAAGAAAAUACCAGUGACAUUUUCAUGUGCAACCUGGGCAAUCUUCCUCCUGGUGGGGAAGCCACACUUAAACUGCGCUACGUUCAAGCACUAGCAGUGGAACCAGAUGAUGCCGUCCGUUUUGUCCUGCCAGCUGUCUUGAACCCCCGCUAUGUUCCUGAAGGCUCAGAAGGGGGCACCGUUUCCCAGCAGAUACCACGAGUGUCCACAGAAGCUCUACCUUAUGCUCUCACCCUCAGUGCCAAGGUGGAGUCCCCCUAUGGCAUCAACCGGGUGGAUUCAAAAUGCAGUCUUAUACAAAAUAUGUCAGAGGAUCGCACUGCUGCCCAGGUCUCCUUGGCUAAAGGGCACCAAUUUGACCGUGAUGUGGAACUGCUGAUAUAUUAUGAAGAUGUGCACAAGACCAGUACCAUUUUAGAGGCUGGGAAAUCUGGAGCUACCCCAGGUUCACUGAUGGGAGACCCAGCCCUCCUGCUAAGCCUGUACCCAAACAUUCCAGCUGCCAAAGCAGGUCAGUGUGUUCCUGGAGAGUUUAUCUUCCUGCUGGAUCGCUCUGGCAGCAUGGGUACCCUCAUUGGUUACAGUUCGGGCUCACAAUCACGCAUCGAGAGUGCUAAGGAGACCUUGAUUUUCUUGCUAAAGAGUCUCCCUCUGGGAUGUUACUUCAACAUCUAUGGUUUUGGCUCUACUUAUGAUUCAUUUUACCCGCAGAGUGUUAAGUAUACCCAGGAAACUAUGGAUACAUCUGUCCAACGUGUGAAGGAGUUGCAUUGUGACUUGGGAGGUACAGAGAUUGUAAAACCCCUGAAGGCUAUUUACAGCCAGCCAUGCUUUGAAGGACAUCCUCGACAGAUCUUUGUGUUCACUGAUGGAGAAGUGUUCAAUACAAAUGAGGUCAUUGCUGAAGUUCGACGUAACAGUCACUUCCAUAGGUGCUUCUCCUUUGGAAUUGGGGAAGGGGCUUCCACAUCCCUGGUCAAAGGCAUUGCUCGAGCUGCUGGAGGCAGUGCUGAAUUCAUUACUGGCAAGGAACGCAUGCAGGCCAAGGCUUUGCAAAGUCUGAAGAAAGCCCUUCAGCCAGCAGUAUCAGGGAUCUCUCUGAACUGGGAACUGCCAUCUGGCCUUGAAGCCAAACUUGUGGGGUCAGGCCCUCAGGUCAUUUUCCAAGGUCAGCGCUGCCUCAUCUAUGCCCAGAUCCAGGGCCAACUUCAGAUGACAGGCUCCAUGGAGGGGACAGCCAUUGUUCGGUAUAAUUUCCAAAAUGAGAGUCCCACAGAAACAACAAAGUUCUCACUCCAACUUGAGAAGACAGACAGGCUCCCUGUUCACCGUCUUGCAGCUCAGGCGCUGUUGCAGGAAUUAGAAGAGGACAAGGAGACGGUGGAGGAAAAGCGGCUUCUGGCGCUAGAGACAAGCCUGAGCUCUGGGGUGGUGUGUUCCCAGACAGCCUAUGUGGGUGUGAACACGGAGCUGGGCAAGCCGGUUCAAGGACCUCUCCUCCGCCGAGAUGUCCCCCUUCCAGCUGCAGUUUUCACAUCUGCAUCGCCAGUAGCGCUCCAACUGAAAGUGGGAUCAUCACGUAAAAAUAAAUGCAGUUCAGCUGCCAAAUCAGAUCAUGGAACAUAUUUUGGCUCACAGUUGUUAGGUUCAGUUUUCAAUGUGAGGGCGAAGAGAUGUGCUGUACCACUAACGGAAUUUGAAGUGAGAAAAUCACCCCAUCCAGCAAUAGCUUUGAACAGCUCAAGAAGCAGAACUAAGGAAGAAGAAUCUCCUCUUUUGAAAUUGGUAUCCCUGCAGAAUGCAGAUGGCUCCUGGCCUCAUGGGCCUGCCUUAGCCACCAUACUAGACCUGAGUGAAGCUGAAAUCUCAGACAAAGCACCAACCCAUGUGACCCCAGAUAUAUGGGCAACAGUGCUGGCUAUUCUCUGGCUUCAUUUGAAUGCUGCAGAGAAGAGAGAUGAAUGGGAACUGCUGGAAGGAAAAGCUGUCCAUUGGCUCCAAGUGAAUUCAGGAGAUCAACUGGCUAAGUGUGUGAAUGCUGGCAAUGAACUUCUGGGAAGUAGAGUCAGCCCCCAGGUAUUUGGGCUCUGAGGUUACAGUGUCAUCCUAUGCCUGAAACUGGAACAUCUGCAUCUAUUCUGCUUCUUUUCUUGUUGCAAUGUAAUCUGCUACAACCUCUAUUAGAAUCUACUAGGUCCUGGGUUGUCAUUCCCUUGAAAGUACCAGUGCCUUGCUUACAAACUCACUAAGUUCUAAUGCAUCACAAAUUGCUUUACCAGUGCAUUGAUAUGCAAGCAUUCUAGGCAUAAAUGUAGCAAUAGUAAGAGUAUUUAGGCUUAUAUAUCACCCUAUAGCAUUUUACAGCACUCUCUGGGAGGUUUACAAUAUUGAAGCAUUAUUUGCAUAUUGCCCCCAAUUGUCUGGGUCCUCAUUUUAUCAGUCUUGGAAGGAUGGAAGGCUGAGACAACUUUGAGCCCUAUCAGGAUUGAACUCCUGUGUGCAGAGUUUGCUGGCAAUACUGUAUUUUAAACACUAUGCCACCAAUAGAUUUAUAUUUAUUCCAUGCUAUAUAUAUAUGUGCCUGGGGGGAAAACAUCACUUUUGAAAGAAUGAAAAUUAAGACUAAUACCUAGCACCCCAAUAUUUCUGCUUUAAUUUGUUAAAGUUUAUAUUAAGACCUUGGAACAUAAGUAUGUAUGCAUCCUCCACUAAUUAAAAAUUAGGGAUGCAUUCCUAAUCCCACCAAAGCCUGAGAUGGAUUCAUAUAAUAAAUGUGAUCUGAGAGAGCAAUAAAGGAUUAAACGAUCUAGUUAAGAAUAAAAAGAUAAUGUUAAGAUAAUGUUUCUGAUUGGUUGUCAAUUUUAUUACGCUGGCAAUAUAAAAUAAUGAAGGAGAUGCUUACAAAAAGAACCACUUUGGUAUAGUGAUUAAGGCAUCAAGUUAUUUUGAGUCUUGCUGCAGGCACAAAACAGCUGGAUGAUCUUGAGCUAAUUAUACUCUUAGCCUUUGGAAGCAGGCAAUGGUAAACCACUGCUGAAAAACCUUACCAAAAAACAAACUGCAGUGU